GAAAGUUCACAUUACAAAGACCACCUUAGAGUGCCUAAAUGGAGACUAUGAGGUAGAACCAGGAUAUGGUCACGAGAGGAAUAGUUUCUUGAAGAAGCAUAACAUUGAAACAUAUUUUAUUGUGCCAUCCCAUCGUAGGAAGAUAUUUCCGGGGCUGAUUCUAUCAGACAUUAAGCCUGCCAAAAGAAUGAAGUUCAAGACUGUUUGCUACCUGCUUGUUCAGCUCAUGCACUGCCGUAAGAUGUUCAAAGCGGAGAUCCCUUUCUCCAAUGUCAUGACAUGUGAGGAUGACGAUAAGAGGAGAGCAUUAAGGACAGCCUCUGAAAAACUCAGGAAUCGUUCCUCUUUUUCUACCAAUGUUGUAUACAACACUCCAGGAACUCGAGUAAACAGAUACAUCAGCCGUUUGAUAGAGGCACGGCAAACGGAGUCUGAGAUGGCUGACUUGAACUUCAUUACCCUGAAGUAUAAGCAAAUCGAGCGUGAAAAUAAAUACCACCAGCUUCAGGAUGAGUAUUUCACCAGUGCUGUAGUUCUCUCACUAAUUCUAGCUGCCUUAUUUGGCCUUGUCUACCUUCUAAUAAUACCACAGAGUACCAUAGUUCUUGUUCUCCUGGUGUUCUGCAUAUGCUUCCUAGUGGCUUGUAUUAUGUACCUACAUGUCACACGAGUACAGUGUUUUCCAGGGUGCCUGACAAUACAAAUUCGUACCAUUUUGUGUAUUUUUAUUGUGAUCUUAAUAUACUCCGUGGCUCAAGGAUGUGUGGUUGGUUGUAUGCCUUGGGUUUGGAAUACCAAUUCCAGCAGUUCAAUAGUUAUCAUUUCACCUGGUGGAACAAAUAAAACAAUGAAUGAACUUCCAUGUGACACAGCCCACUAUGCUUUCCUCUCCUGUGUAGUGGGCACUCUCACCUUGGCAAUAUUUCUACGUGUAUCUUCCUUGCCAAAAAUGAUUCUCCUGCUUUUUGUUACAAUUUUGUACAUAGUUAUUCUGGAACUCAGUGGUUACAGAAAAGCAGUGGGAGGUGGCUCCUUUUACAUGCGUGGCUAUGAACCAAUACUAGCCAUUUUGCUAUUUUCUUGUGCUUUGGCUCUGCAUUCCAGACAAGUGGACUUGAAGCUGCGUCUGGACUACCUCUGGGCUGUGCAGGCAGAAGAAGAGAGAGAUGAUAUGGAGAGAGUCAAGCUGGAUAAUAAAAGAAUUCUCUUCAACCUGUUGCCAGCACAUGUUGCACAGCACUUUCUUAUGUCUAAUCCCAGAAAUAUGGACCUUUAUUACCAGUCAUAUUCACAAGUAGGAGUGAUGUUUGCUUCCAUCCCAAAUUUCAAUGAUUUCUACAUCGAAUUGGAUGGCAAUAAUAUGGGAGUGGAAUGUUUACGUCUGUUGAAUGAAAUCAUUGCUGAUUUUGAUGAGCUUAUGGACAAAGAAUGUUAUAAGGACAUAGAAAAGAUCAAGACAAUUGGAAGUACAUAUAUGGCAGCUGUGGGACUCGUACCUACUUCGGGAACUAAGGCUAAAAAAUCAAUUUAUUCCCAUCUGAGUACACUGGCAGAUUUUGCAAUAGAGAUGUUUGACGUUCUUGAUGAAAUCAACUAUCAGUCUUACAACGACUUUGUUCUACGAGUUGGUAUUAAUGUCGGGCCAGUAGUGGCUGGAGUAAUUGGAGCCAGAAGACCACAGUAUGAUAUUUGGGGAAACACUGUAAAUGUUGCCAGCCGGAUGGAUAGUACUGGUGUACAGGGAAAAAUUCAGGUGACAGAAGAAGUUCAGCGGAUAUUAAAAAGGUGCAGUUAUGAAUUCGUCUGCAGGGGUAAAGUCAGUGUAAAGGGAAAAGGUGAAAUGUUGACCUAUUUCCUGGAAGGAAAGGCUGAUGGAAAUAAUUCACAAACACGGUCUUUAAACUUAGAGCGGAAAAUGUACCCUUACGGGAGAGCAAACAUUCAAACAAAACUGGGCACCAGCUGUCCAUCGGUGUCCUCAGCUGCUAGCUUUACUGUAAAACCUGGGCUUGGAGCAGGUCAAGCAUCUGCAACUCACACAAAUCAAACACUGCAUUAUCUUCCUUCUGUGCCAGCUGUGAAGGAGGCGUAGAGCAAAGGAGAUGUGGUUGUGCCAUUUGCAGUGAACUUGGAGAGCAAUGGUUGCCUGAAUUUUUACCAAGGGAUCAGAGAUCAUAGGCCAUGGCAUUAACCAAGGACCACUACAACCCAACCAAAGAGAACUUGGGGACCGUGUAAUGAAAUCUUGGGAUGAAACAUAUAAGGGCUAGCAAUUCUGUUAGAAAAAGUCAAAACCUGAUUUUCUGGAAAUGAAGAAUAUUUUCUUGGUGUUUUUAAAGG